CGAGAAAGCAAAAGGCCAAAAUCAAGCGAGCCACUAAGGCGGCCCCGUAUAUACUAGCGCUGUCAAGCUGGCCUGGCUAGCUAGACUAGCAAGGUGGCUAGCAAGCAGACUAAAACAGGUAACAAGUGGCGGCGACGCGCUCAACGAAGGGGAGGGCAAUCGGGGAGGAGAUGUCUGGUGGCGAGCGUUUGCAGCUCAGUUUGGCCGCCUCGCUCCAGCAGUGAGCAUGGCCCUCCUCUUAUGGAUCAAACAGUGGUGCUCUGUACUUUGGCCGCCUUCCUCCUCUACUACAAUACGUUGCACGCCGACUUCGCAUACGACGACAGCCGCGCAAUCAAGACCAAUCCGGAUGUGAACCCGUCGACGCCGUGGAUCAACUUGAUGUUCAAUGAUUUUUGGGGCACGCCACUGACGCAUUCCGGAUCGCACAAAUCCUACCGUCCGCUCUGCGUCCUCUCGUUCCGAUUCAACCAUUGGCUGCACGAGCUCCAACCAGCUGGAUAUCAUUUGUUGAACGUGCUGCUGCAUUGCGCAGCGACGGCUCUUUUCACCCUCCUGGCGCGUUCUCUUUUACCCCCUAGAGCUGGACUGGCCACGGCCAUUGCCGGCUGCCUGUUCGCCGCUCACCCAAUCCACACCGAGGCCGUGGCCGGCAUCGUCGGACGGGCCGAUGUCGGAGCGGCAGUUUUCUUUCUCCUGGCCUUCCUUUCGUAUCGUCGCUACACGACGGUGCGAUCGCAGCUGAGCCACCUGCGUCGCCAUCAGCUAAUGCGAACGCAAUCGACCAGCGUCCGAUCGGCAAUGGCCAGCAAUAAAUGUAGCAAUAAUAAUAGCCACGGUAGCGUCAUCAAUUCGACGGCCACUUCAUUGCCGGCCUUACGCUCUUCAUUGACGGCCGCUAUCUUGACGUCCAUCAAAUGGAAUGGCGAUGACGUGGACGCUGGUGCUAGUGCCGCCUUAUUACGCAGCGGCAGCGGCAGCCAUCCGCCAAAACAGAGCCCCAACGUGGCCCUUCUGGUCAUCAGCAAGUGGUUCUGGCUAUUGGUGACGCUCUUCUUCGCCGCCUGUUCCAUGCUGACUAAAGAGCACGGCAUCACCGUCCUCGCUGUUUGUGCCGUCUACGAUGUGUUUGUUCAAUCGCGAUUAAGGCCCAAGGAUAUCAUUUCGGCCAUCAUCUUCCAGGAAAAACAUCGAGGACUAGCUGAAGGUUUGACGACUCUGUUUAUGGGUACACUUUUGAUGGUGGCCGUCCGUCUUCAACUGAUGGGUUCAAAAGCGCCCGAGUUCGCACCUGCCGACAACCCAUCGGCCGACUGCCCGUCGCGUUUGACACGCACUCUGACCUUCCUUUACUUGCCGGCUUUUAAUUUGUGGUUGCUUAUUCAACCGACAGUGCUCAGUUUCGACUGGUCUAUGGAAUCCAUCCCGUUGAUACACAGCCUGGCGGACAUGCGCAAUUUCACGACGGCCAUCUUCUAUUUGACGUUAGCCUAUCUCGGAUGGAACGCUUUGUUCAGGAAACGGGAAUCGGACGAGACGACUGGCGAUGUGCGUUCAGCUUCAUCGUCACCCGUUCCAGCUUCGGUUCUCAAUGGCAACUUGAUCUCUUCGUCCCUUUUGGGUGAUCCAUCUUCGUUGCUGGCACGUUCUGGCGCGAACGGAUGCCUUCCAUCGGUGGCAGACGCCGUCCUCCAUUGCUAUUCGUCUUCGGUGAUUGGUUGCGCCAGUUAUGGUGGCGCCAGCACGAGUGGUAGUCUCAGUAGUAGCUCUUCGUUGCGAUCGGAGAGGACCAGAUGGUCGUCGAACAGUUUGGCCGACGUGGACGGCAACACGACGGGCAGAAAAAGUGGAGUCGAUUUGACUGUGAUAGCCCUGGCGAUGCUCGUGUUGCCCUUCAUUCCCGCCACCAAUCUCUUCUUCUACGUCGGUUUCGUCGUGGCCGAAAGAGUGCUCUACAUCCCGUCAAUGGGAUAUUGCCUUUUGGUGGCGCUCGGUUUUCAUUUCGUUGAUGAAUAUCUCGGCCAGAAAGAAUUGCGCAUCAGACAACAGCAGAAAGAGAGACACAGAUGGAAACAUGGCAACGCAAAUGUUUACUCGUUGCGCUUCGCAUUUCGUUGGGCGUUUUUCGCUUUGCUCGUUGUGUUUUCAGCCAGGACGAUCCAACGGAAUCAAGAUUGGCACACGGAAGAAACUUUGUAUCGGUCUGGAAUCAGCGUCAAUCCGCCGAAAGCGUACGGCAAUUUAGCUAAUAUCCUCAGCUCGACUGGCCGUAAAGAUGAAGCUGAACAGGCCUACAAGAAGGCCCUGACUUAUCGCAACAACAUGGCCGAUGUUCACUACAAUCUGGGGAUAUUAUACCAGGAGCAGAAGCGUUACGAAGAGGCAAUUCAAUCGUAUAGAUCAGCGGUUCAUUAUCGACCUCGCAUGGCCAUGGCUCACUUGAACAUGGGUCUAGUCCUUGCUUUAAUGGGCAUGAAAGAAGAGGCAAUCGAGGUGUACAGACGUUGCUCGCAGCUGGACGGGUCCGGCCUGAAGGACCCACGUACACACGAGACCACCAAGAUUUCAGCCCUUUUCAAUCUAGGACGUCUUUACGCUGAUGAUGGCCAGUACACGAAGGCCAUCGACGUCUAUAAUGAGGCUAUUCAACGCAUGCCGACACAUUAUCAGCCUCAGUCGCUGUACAACAUGUUGGGAGAAGCUUAUUUUAAGCUGGAUCGGCUGAAGGACGCUGAACAUUGGUAUCGUGAAGCUCUACGCGCUAAAGCCGAUCACGUCCCGGCUCAUCUUACCUACGGGAAGCUUCUCACAAAAAUGAAUCGCCUGCACGAAGCCGAGGACAUGUUCCUGCGUGCCAAAUCCCUGUCGCCCAAAGAUUCGACCGUCUACCAACAUUACGGUCAAUAUUUGUCGGAAUGUGAACGACAUUCGGAGGCGGCAGAACAAUACGUACGUGCUGCUUCGUUAGCUCCCACCGAAUACGAAACUGUCUUCAACGCAGCCAACACUCUUCGCCAAGCGGGCAGACAUGCGGAGGCUGAACAGUAUUACAGAUCGGCCGUUAAAAUCCGGCCUUUGGAGGCGACAAGUCACAUGAAUCUGGGCGCAAUGCUCCACGUCAAUGGCAAGCUGACAGAGGCUGAACAAAGUUACCUAGAAGCGUUACGACUCAAACCCGAUGAUCACAUCACGCGCAUGAAUUUGCAGAAAUUACGUCAUCUAUUAAUAAAGAAAGGUAUGGCGUCCUCGUCGGCCCAUUCCUCCCAGUGAAGUGCCUAGAAGGCGCAUCAUUUCUGAUUUAACACGAAACGAAAAACAACAAGGGGGCGAUGGCUGUGCGUCGCCUAUUGUUUUGUAUCCUCAGUACGGGUACUGUGGAUUCUAUUUUCCUUGGCCGAUGGCCCAUUCGUUGUACCCAUCACAUGACAAGGCACGAGGAGAGUCGAACCAAUCGAACCUGUGAUAGAACGUUGUAUGAUGUUUAGUGCACUAAUCUCCCGUCACGCGUAUGCUGAUGAUACGUAAACAAUUUCACCAACUUAUUUUUAGCGCAUUCUUUUUGUUUUGUUUUUUUCCCUCCCCCCCCCCGUGAAAAGAAUGCGAGAACCCCGGUACUGCCGAAGACUGUUUUGAUUUAGUUUUCCUGCCCCUCUGUAGUCUAUUUAUUCAUGUAUCAUGAAGCGCUUUCCCAAAAGGAUUCAAGCGCCAUGCCCUUAUGGAAAACCGCUGAUGGGAAUUUUGGAUAAUCAUAUAGCAAUUUUUCUCUCAACCCCUUUGGAAUCGUUUCAUUUUUUUAAAAUGUCAUAAGCUCGUUUAAUGGUUGAAUCUACAAAGCAAAACAUGAUUAAACAAAACAAACAAAAAAAAAUUAAUAAAAAAACAAAACAAACAAAAUCAAAAUGUACGUAAACCCAACUGUAGUCUAUCAUCCUAUUUCCUCCCCUUCCCUUUCUUUGUCGUUCACGUUAUUUAAAAAAAAAUGUGUUUGUUGUUAACAUUGGCGACCAACAGUGUGUCCUGGGGAAAUUUCUAAGAUUUUACGACAAGAGAACCAAAGAAAAAAAAAAAAAAAAGGAAAAAAUAAACAUGGCAUCCCAUAUUCCCGCUGACGCACACAUAAAAAAAAAAAUAUGUAAUUUGUGUAUAACAGCGUAGCAGCCUUAUUCAGAAAACUUGAUUCACAUAUAGAACUAAGCCCGCAUUACUUUCCCAAAUGCAGUCCUUCAUAAUUUUAUUGUCAAACCAGUGGAUAAUAAGAAUAUGUUUACGUUUUUGGAACGAGAAUCAAAAUAAAAUACACUUUUCAAAAGAG